UUGUGUUCAAUAGAAAUGUUGCCGAAUGUUUUGUCCACGACCUCACUCACUGCAUCUCCCGCGGAGCCCCCAGUUGCUUUCAAUCUCGAGGAUGAGUAUGGCGCUGUCCUCUUCCCGGCGCCGGAGGCUACUUCAUAUAAUCGACGGUCAUUGUUUCCUCCGCCGUAUCUCCGCCGAGCCUGGACCGCCGCGGUCGGAACAACCGGUAAGCGAAGAAUCGGUCACCGCCCAAUUUCUGGAGCAUCUCCGGCGAAUUCCUCAACGCGAUUGGUCGUCUUGCGAAACCCUAGAUUCUCUUCUCGUUUCUUCUUCCUCUGUUUCUCCUCGAGUGUUCUCUCAAGUUACGUGGCGGCUUCAAUCCUACGCCUUGGGUUUCUCCUUCUUCGAUUACCUCCAUGAGAAAUCUCACUCUCUGCAACGCCGUGAAGAAUCGCUGUCUUAUGCGUUUCAGUCGGUUGUUGAACUCGCGGGUCGCGAGUCUGAAUCGUGUGAUAAGCUUCUUCAGCUCUACGAAGUUGCUAAGGAGAGGAAAAUCCCGCUCAAUGUCCAAGCCGCCAAGUUUCUGAUCCGGCUCUUUGGGCGUCUAGGAAUGAUGAAGCAGUCAGUUAUCGUGUACGAAGAACUCAAUCCCGCCGCAAAGAACACUCAUAUCCGUAACGUUUUGAUCGAUGUUCUGCUCAGAGACGGCCUUGUUGAUGAUGCGUUCAAGGUGCUCGACGAAAUGCUUCAAAGAGGAUCGGAUUUCCCGCCAAACGAUAUCACGGGUGAUAUCGUUUUCCAUGCGGUUUCAAGGGGUGACCGGAGGGGUAGGCGUAUUACCGAGGAGGAGAUUGUUGGGUUGGUUUCAAGAUUUGGCGUUCAUGGAGUCUUCCCUUCGUCCAUUUGGCUGACUCGGUUCAUCAAUAGUCUGUGUAAAAACAACCGGACCGACAUAGCCUGGGAUAUGCUGAUGGAGCUGAUGAAUCAAGGAGCUCGUCUUGGAGCACCUCCCUUCAAUGCCCUUUUGACGCGUUUAGGGAGGAACAUGGAAAUCGAAAGAGUGAAUGCUGUCUCAGAAAAGAUGGACGAGAUGGAUAUUCGUCCUGAUGUGGUGACUUUCGGGAUUCUCAUCAACACUCUCUGCAAAUGUAGGAGAGUUGAUGAAGCUUUAGAAGUUUUUGAACAGAUGCGUGGAAUGGAAACAAAUGAUGGGGAUGUGAUCAAAGCUGAUGUGAUCAAUUUCAAUACUCUCAUCGACGGGCUCUGCAAGUUGGGCCGGUUGAAAGAAGCAGAGGAGUUGCUGAUGAAGAUGAAAACAGAAGAAGGCUGUCCAGCCAACACCAUUACUUACAAUUGCUUGAUCGAUGGAUACUGUAGAGCUGGACAGCUUGAGACCGCUAAAACAGUAGUUUCUCGGAUGAAGGAUGAACGAAUUCGGCCGAAUGUUGUGACCCUUAACAUCAUUGUCGGGGGAAUGUGCAAGCACCAUGGAGUGGGCAUGGCGGUUCAAUUCUUCAUGGAUAUGCAAAGGGAAGGUCUGAAAGGGAAUGCUGUUACUUAUACCACACUGAUUCACGCUUAUUGCAACGUCAAUAACAUCGAAAAGGCUAUGCAUUGGUUCCACCAAAUGUCUGAAUCCGGGUGUCCUCCUGAUGCAAAAGUUUAUUAUACGUUGAUCUCUGGCUUGUGCCAAGCCAGACGGGAUCGGGAUGCCAUUUCGGUGGUGGAGAAAUUGAAAGAAGCCGGCUUUUCUCUCGACGUAUUGGCAUACAACAUGCUUGUCGGAUUAUUUUGCAGUAAGAAUAAACCGGAGAAAGUCUAUGAGAUGUUAGCCGAUAUGGAGGGAUCGGGACUGAAACCCGAUUCUGUCACUUACAACACCCUCAUUUCCUUUUUCAGCAAACACCAAGACUUUGAAAGCAUUGAAAGAAUGAUGGAGAAAAUGAGACAAGCCGGAUUAGUCCCUACUGUUGUGACUUACGGGGCGAUAAUUGAAGCAUACUGCUCAAACGGGGACACGGAUGAAGCGAUCAAGCUGUUCAAAGACAUGGGUUUGCGGUCCAAGGUGAUGCCAAACGCGGUGAUAUACAACAUUCUCAUAAACGCGUAUUGUAAGAAGGGUAGCAUCGAUCGGGCACUCUGUCUGAAAGAUGAGAUGAGAGCAAAAAGGGUCAGACCGAACGUGGAAACGUACAAUGCGCUGUUCAAGGGUCUCGGGGAAAAAAACCGAGUGGAGAAAGUGUUCGAACUGAUGGAUGAGAUGGUCGAGAAUUCGUGUGAACCUGAUUACAUCACCUGCGAGGUGUUAAUGGAGUUGCUCUCUGCCGAUGGCCACAUUGAGAAGCUGAAGAAGUUCUUGCAGGGUUCCAAAGUCUUUACCCCAGAUGAUAGAGCUGCUCCUUUGGAUGCCUUCAAAUGCUAAUUUCUUUCCCUUUAUAUAUAUAUACACAUACAUAUAUAUAUGUGUAUGUAUGUAUGUGUCUACUUUAGAUUCAUAUUGGUUCUGAGAGAGGCUAUUUUGCAAUAGUGCUGAUUUAUUAUAUGGUAUUCUUCUCUCAAGUUUCAUGGGUUGAAUGAAGUUUUGAGUUUUGCAAG